AUGGCCAUCAUUGGAGUCAGUGUCUACUUUGUAUCUCUUGAAAAGAGUGAUAAACCUGAGCUGAAACAACUAAAAGACAACCAAACUUUCCUGCUAGAUGAAAUUUACAACGUGACAAACCUCAAUAAUAAAAUCAGUUCUGAUUUCAAAGCCCUGGCUCACAACUUCACAAGAUGCAAAAACAAAAGUUCACAAUUCAGUAUCCAGGUUCAAAACCUGACACAACAACAAAACAACCUGACAGCAGAAAAUAGUCAGGUUAAAAUGAAAAACCACGACUUGCAGACAAAGAUGAAAACCCUCACAGAAGAAAUAAAAACUUGUAAUGAGCAGAAACUCAGUCAAGCUCUACAGAUCAUUGAUGAAUACUGUCCCAAAGAAUACAACGUGAGAAUGUGUAGAUCUUGUCCGAAACAAUGGAUUCACUCUCAGUCCAGCUGCUAUGUAGUUCAUAAUCCUGAACGUAGGGAUCAGAAAACCUGGGAAGAAGCACGAGAAAACUGCAGAGGAAAGAGAUCAGAUCUGCCUGUUGUUGGUAAUGAAGAAGAAAAGAGGUUUGUUGACAGCAAUAGCUGGAAGGAUGACGAGGGUAAAAUGAAAGGAUUCUGGAUUGGUCUCAGAGCUAAAGGAGGGAAAUGGAAAUGGAUGGAUGGAAGUGAUCUGACCAAUCAAGCCUGGAUACAGAGGCAGCCUGCAACUGAUGGUCAAUGUGUAACUUCUCUCCAGAAGCGAAAAUGGACAUCAGUGAGAUGUACUGACAGGAACGGCUGGAUCUGUAAGAAGAAGGCUUUAUCUGUUUAA